AGUUCGUACUUGUCACUUUUUUAUUGGUGGCUACACGGAAGCAAAAACAAAAAAAGAAAAAAACAGGAAAUGUAGAAAUCUUCCCGUCCAUUGACUGUAUCUCCUUCCCCCGAACCAGAACAAAAACGAAAAACAAUUUCUCUCCAUUCGAAGGGGGAGUGAAGUCGCCCAAAAAUGGCGAUAUCUCUAAACCACACUUUCUGUCUCCUCCUCUUAACAACUCUCGUCUCCCUCUUUAUCUCCCUCACCACCAGCACUACCGACUCUGAAGAGCUCAUCUCUGAACUCCUCUCCCUCCAAUCCCAAUCUAAAUCAGGCGUGAUUCACCUUGAUGACCACACUGUAUCUCGUUUCCUAACUUCCACCAAAACACCACGCCCCUACUCGCUUCUCAUCUUCUUCGACGCCAAACAGCUCCAUGACAAGCCCGAGCUCCACCUCGAAGACCUCCACCGCGAGUUCUCUCUCCUCGCCUCUUCCUUCAUCGCCAACAAUCCUGAAAAAUCCUCCACAUCCUACGGAAAACUCUUCUUCUGCCACAUCGAGUUCAAGGAAUCUCAAUCCUCCUUUUCUCUUUUCGGCGUGAAUUCCCUCCCGCACAUCCGUCUCGUUGGCCCCAAUGUGAAGAACCCUAAAGAAUCUGACGCCAUGGAUCAGGGCGAUUUCUCUAGAAUGGCUGAAUCCAUGUCCGAUUUCAUCGAGACCAGGACCAAACUAUCGGUGGGACCCAUACAACGUCCCCCUAUUGUCUCCAAAAAUCAAAUUGCUUUUCUAAUCGUCGUUUUACUAAUCUGGACGCCGUUUAUGAUCAAGAAGUUGUUGACCGGUGGCACAUUGCUUCACGAUCGGAAAAUAUGGCUUGGAGGGGCUGUGUUUGUAUACUUCUUCAGCGUUUCCGGUGCGAUGCACAAUAUAAUUCGUAAAAUGCCCAUGUUUUUGGCUGACCGGAAUGACCCCAGCAAGCUGAUUUUCUUUUACCAGGGGUCCGGGAUGCAGCUUGGAGCAGAGGGGUUUGCCAUUGGUUUCUUAUACACCAUUGUUGGUCUAUUGUUAGCGUUUGUAACUCAUGUGCUUGUAAUGGUUAAGAAUGUGACUGCACAGAGAUUUAUUAUGGUCGUUUCACUAGUGGUUUCAUUCUGGGCUGUGAAUAAGGUUAUCUAUCUGGAUAAUUGGAAGACUGGCUAUGGUGUUCAUACUUUCUGGCCUUCGAGUUGGAGAUGAGACUGCAGUUCUGCUUUCGAGAAGUGAAAGGUGAUCACUUUUUUUUCAUUAUUGAACUAUAUUUGUGUAAGACUUCAUAUUGCAAUGUACUAGUUUACCUAGACUAGAUGGCUGCAGUUGAAUUUCAGCUUGUUUACUGCUUCACAAAUACUUAAACUUUUUAUGCUAAAAGAUUUUGUCUUGGUUAUUGCUCUUUUUUCA